GGCCUUAACGUUCAUUCCACCCCACCAUUAAUUUAGUGUAGUUCAAGUACGAUACAGAAUCAUACUUCGACAUUUAAUCUCACAGCCUAGUUACAAGUAUUGAAGUUCAGGAGCCUUUUACAGUAUAUGCAAAGCUAUUCCAGUAACUUUGUGUGUGUCUGUGUGUGUGUGUUUGCAUUUGUGCUGGGUCAAUAUUUGCUGAAAGGUUAAAUGUUUUGUGGGGCAGGUGGAUCAGGCCCUUGUGUUUACUUUUUGUGAGGAAACUGUUCCCUUCUACACGGCCACCCCCCUCACUGAGGUGUAUAAAGACCAUGGAAGCCAGCACAGCCCAGCCAUUGUUCUGUGUGUGUGUGGCGUGCGUGUGUGUGUGCGUGCGUACGUGCGUAUUGGUACAUGUGCUUGUGUGUGUGCAUAUGGGCACAUGUGAGGAAGUGUGUGUGUGUUAGCGCGCGUGUGUGUGUAUGUGCGUGUGUGCGUGCGUGUGUGUGUGUGUGCGUGCGUGCGCGCGUGUGCGUGUUGAAGGAGGGUGUUUGUCUCUCUAUGUGUGUCCGUGCAUUCAUAAUGUCCAUCUGAACAGGAGCCCUUUUGUUGACUUCACACUAACUCCACAGACUCAAGUCUAUCUAAGAAGAGCAUUAGCUUGCAUCUCUCUGUGUCCGCCACUGUCUCUCUGCCUCUCUGUGUCUGUCUCUCUCUUUUUCUCUCUCUCUCUCUCUCUCUCUCUGGUGGCAUUUGCUUCUGUUGUCUUUCAUGUUCAAAAGAUUCGCAGAGCGAACGUGUCACCAUGUGAAACGUCGCAAGGAAGUGAGGUGAACGUGUGUGUGUGUGCGUGUGUGUGGCUGUGUGCUGUGACUACUGAAGCGGCUGGCGUGUUUGUCAUCCACAGCACUAAUCGUCCGACUGUUCCGUCAUCUGAGGGGAGCUCUCGCAAGACCAGUAAAGGUUUAGCCAUCACAGACUGGGGUAGCUGGUAGAUGUAUAAACAGUGAAAAGAGGAAAGCAGAAGAGCUAGAGAGAGGGAGAGAAAGAGAAGGAGGAAGAGAGUGUGAGAGAGAAAGUGACUGUAGAUUAUUCUCCCUCACUUCUACCCUUGAAUGAUUUCAAAGGCAAGCUGCUGGAAGAACCUGAAGUAGACCACCACUCCUCAAGGUGAACCCGUUGGCACAGAGCAAGUGUCACUCCAACUGAGAACGACAUCACGCUUCCGCCUCCUGUUGCUUCUGCCUGCGGUCUAAGAAAGAGGGAGAGAGAGAGGGGGAGAGAGAAGGAGGAAGAGAAACGUGAAGAGGAAGAGGGAGGAAGAGUGUUGGAAUAAUCGAUCCAGACAACCCUCCAGCUCCCCAACCCAACCCCACCCCCCCACCUACCUGCUCGAAAGACUUCCAUCUUCUAAGCGCGCCUCCCUCCCCCUUCCUGUCCAAUGUCCCAUAGGAAGGGUGUUCCCGCCUUGGGCAGGAGGCUGCUGACCAUCACCCCCGUCGUCACCCUCACCAACCGCCCCCCUGCCGCCCCACUGGGUCACUUCCUGCUCUGACCCCCCCACCCCCUCCCCCUCUCCCAUCCUCACCCCAUUCCCCCUCCCUCUCACCUGCACCUCCACCCCCGUCCAACGCUCCCUCCCCUUCUCUCCCCACCUGGCCGAGCAUGAAGGAGGUGUCCCAGUGGUUGCCGGAGGAUGUCUGCCAUUGGCUGUCGGAGGAGGGCAUGCAGGAGUACGCAGAGGCCCUGGGUCGAUGCGACGGCGCUGCACUGCUUCGCUUGUCUGAGAGCGACUUCCUGUCGCCGCCCCUCUCGCUGGUGUCCGGGGACAACGGGCGGCAGCUGCUGGAGCGAUUGGAGACGCUGCGCAUGACGCGCCUCAUGCAGACGCACCAGACGCAAACCAAUCACCACGGCAAUGGGAAGGGGCAUCACUACGCCAACGGGCAUGUGGGCAACGGCACGGCCAAGUCGCACCACCACAACGGCGUGCUGCUGAAGAACGGUUUCCACCACCACACGGCGCCCGGAUCUGGUCUCAUCAAUGGGUCAGAGCAGGUCCACAUCAAGAUCCCGGUGCCGCCGCCCGACCCGGAGCGCUUCCCGGCCGAGUGGACCAAGACGGGCCAGGCCUUCCUGUACGCUGUGUGCUGCUUCCUGACUACCAGCGUGGUCAUCUCGGUGGUGCACGAGCGCGUGCCGCCCAAGGAGGUGUCGCCGCCGCUGCCCGACAAGUUCUUUGACGUGUUCGACCGCGUGGAGUGGGCCUUCUCCAUAUGCGAAGUCAACGGCAUGCUGCUGGUGUUCCUCUGGCUGGUUCAGUGGACACUCCUCAAGCACAGGUCCAUCAUUGGCCGCCGCUUCUUCUUCAUCGUGGGGACGCUGUACCUGUACAGGUGUGUGACCAUGUACGUCACCACCCUGCCCGUGCCCGGCAUGCACUUCAGAUGCUCACCAAAGCUGAAUGGCCAGUGGGAUGCGCAGCGGCACAGGAUCAUGAAGAUGGUGGCAGGAGGAGGCCUGACUAUCACCGGCUCUCACAGCAUGUGCGGAGACUACCUGUACAGCGGCCACACAGUCAUGCUCACACUCACAUAUCUCUUCAUCAAAGAGUACUCUCCGAAGCGUUUCUGGGUAUACCACUGGGUGUGCUGGGGCCUGAGUGCGGUGGGGGUGUUCUGCAUCCUGUUGGCUCAUGACCACUACACUGUCGACGUGGUGGUGGCCUACUUCAUCACCACGCGCCUCUUCUGGUGGUACCACACCAUGGCCAAUCAGGCGGUUCUGAAGGAGAACUCCCAGGGGAACCUGUUUGCGCGGGUUUGGUGGUACCGUCUGUUCCAACACUUUGAGCACAACGUCCAGGGUACCGUCCCCAAGAACUACCAGCUCCCGCACCCGCUGUCCUGGCGCAUGCUACCAUGGAAACAGGGGGUGAAGUACAGCAAACUGGACACGCAGUGACCCGAGUCAUGUGAUGUGGGUGCGACCCAGGUCAUGUGACGUGGGUGGAACAGUGUGAAGGAGAGGACUUCAUAGUGCCCGAAGCCAUAGCAA